GUCCACCACCAGCUCUAUCAUGACAAAGGAGUAUCGAGACCUUCAGCAUAUGGACAAUGAGGAGAACGACCAUCAUCAGCUCAGGACAGGGCCACCUCCUCCCCAGCCCCUCUUGCAGCGUCUCUGCUCAGGACCCCGCCUCCUCCUGCUGUCCCUGGGCCUCAGCCUCCUGUUGCUGGUGGUUGUUUGUGUGAUCGGAUCCCAAAACGCCCAGCUGCAGAAGGAGCUGCGGGCCCUGAGAGAGACAUUCAGCAACUUUACAGUGAGCACUGAGGCUGACGUCAAGGCCCUGAGCACCCAGGGAGGCAGUGUUGGAAGAAAGAUGAAGUUGCUGGAGUCCCAGCUGGAGAAACAGCAGCAGGACCUGAGUGAAGAUCACUCCAGCAUGCUCCUGCACGUGAAGCAGUUUGUGUCUGACCUGCGCAGCCUGAGCUGUCAGAUGGCCGUCCUCCAGGGCAAUGGCUCCGAAAGGACCUGCUGCCCAGUUAACUGGGUGGAGCAUGAGGGCAGCUGCUACUGGUUCUCUCGCUCUGAGAAGCCCUGGCCCGAGGCUGAGAGGUACUGCCAGCUGGAGAACGCCCACCUGGUGGUGGUCACCUCCGGGGACGAACAGAAAUUUGUCCAGCAUCACAUAGGCCGUGUGAACACCUGGAUGGGCCUCUCAGACCAAAAUGGGCCGUGGAAAUGGGUGGAUGGGACAGACUACGAGACAGGCUUCAAGAACUGGAAACCACAGCAGCCUGACGACUGGCAUGGGCACGGGCUGGGAGGAGGCGAGGACUGUGCCCACUUCACUGAGGAUGGUCGCUGGAAUGAUGAAGUCUGCCAGAGAGCCUACCACUGGGUCUGCGAGACAGAACUGGGCAAGGCCGCAUAGGGGCCUUCUCUCCCCCUAAUUUAUUUCCUCAAUGCCUUGACCUCCGAAGGGUCAGGGAUUGGGAAUCCUUUUAUCUGGAGGCCUCCUCCGCCUUCUCAAGGAUUUUCAUCUAUGAUUUUAAGGGAAGUGUAAAGGGUGGUGCCUGAGGAAAUGCUGGGCAAUGCUUGGAGGGGUGGGGAGAUUGAAACCCAUAUCACUUUCUGCAGUGUGCAGAUUAUUAUUGUCAACUCUUUUUAGAGUAAAAAGAAGAUGUAAUUCUUCUGGAGUAAAUUCUAGAGUAAAAGGAAUGUAAUUCUAGAGUAAAAAGAAAUGUAAAUUC